CAUGAGGAACUAGGCAGAGAGCCAACGACAUACUUCUACUUAUUUACAUAACUAAGUAUGUAGUCUUGGUUUCCCGCUACCCGAAAGAAAGCAAGAAAAAUGGGACUUCUCCCCUUACCCCUUCACUCUCUCAUCAACAUCAUCCACCAUACUCGAUUUCCAAGACAUUCACCAAUUUUCUCAAUAAUUUCUUUUCUUCCCCAUCAUUUCUCUAAAUUCUCACCUUCCACACUUCCACUUUUCUGCAAACCCAUAUGCACUAAACCCUCUCUAAACCCUUAUGCUCUUCCCUCUUCAAAAGGAAAUUUGUUGGUUUUGAAGCAAGAUGAACGGUUUUCUGGGUCAGUUGAGAAAACCCAGAUGGCAGUUUCAAGCACAAUUGCUGCCAUUGUUACUUCUUUGGGUGGUCCUGCAGCUGCAGUGGGUAUUGUUAGGUUAUCGGGACCAUUAUCGGUGGAGAUUACCAGGAAAUUAUUUCAGCCAAUGGGAGAGAGGAAGAAGAAGAUGAUGGAUGAAGAGGUGAAGAGGACAGAAGAUGGUUGUUUAUGGCAGCCCAAAAGCCAUGUUGUUGAGUAUGGUGUGGUUCUUGAUUUGUUGGGCAAUGUUAUUGAUGAGGUUUUAGUGAUUCCCAUGCUGGCCCCAAGAUCUUACACUCGUGAGGAUGUGAUUGAGCUACAGUGCCAUGGUAGUGAAGUAUGUCUUCAUCGUGUGCUGAGAGCUUGUUUAGAUGCAGGGGCAAGACUUGCUGAACCAGGUGAGUUUACCCUUCGUGCUUUUUUAAAUGGUCGCUUGGAUCUCUCACAAGCAGAAAAUGUGGGGAGGCUUAUAACAGCAAAUUCUGUGGGCGCGGCUGACUCAGCACUGGCUGGGAUCCAGGGUGGCUUCUCACAUCUUGUCAAAUCGUUACGAAAACAUUGCAUUGAACUGCUUAGUGAGAUUGAGGCGCGUCUUGAUUUUGAGGAUGAAAUGGCACCUUUGGACUUGAUCUCUAUUAGAAAUAAAAUACAUGCUAUGAUAGAGGAUGUAAAGAAGGCACUGGAAACUGCCAACUAUGACAAGCUUCUACAAUCAGGACUGCAGAUUGCGAUUGUUGGUCGACCUAAUGUUGGAAAGUCGAGCCUUCUUAAUGCUUGGAGCAAGAGUGAGAGAGCUAUAGUCACUGAAAUUGCUGGGACAACUCGGGAUGUUGUUGAAGCCAGUAUCACCGUUCAAGGUAUCCCUGUCACUUUGCUUGAUACUGCUGGAAUUCGGGAUACUGAAGAUAUUGUGGAAAAGAUUGGGGUGGAGAGAUCUGAAGUUGUUGCCUUGGGUGCUGAUGUCAUCAUAAUGACAGUUAGUGCUGUUGAUGGUUGGACAAUGGAUGAUAAGAGGCUUCUGAAUAGAAUUCGAGCUGCUAAGGAUAUGAGAUUGUUUACACCAAUGAUCCUUGUCAUCAACAAAAUAGAUUGUGUCCCAUCCGCAAGUGUUGAAAACUUCAAUGUUGGUGAAAAUCCUUUUGAUAGGUAUAUAUUUACAUGUGCUGUCACCGGUGAAGGACUGGAAGAUCUUGAGAUGGCAGUAUCAGAGGUUGUGGGUCUCAACAGCAUUUUCACUGAGGGGCGAAGAUGGACCAUCAACCAGAGACAAUGUGAACAGUUGGUACGUACGAAGGAGGCUCUAUUGAGGUUAAAAUCUUCGAUGGAGGAAGACUUGCCGUUGGAUUUCUGGACCAUUGAUUUGAGAGAAGCUGCUUUGGCUCUUGGCCAGAUUUCUGGAGAUGACAUCUCUGAAGAAGUUUUAUCCACUAUCUUCACCAAGUUUUGCAUUGGUAAAUAACAUCUAAAAAUAUAUCCAUUUUGAAGAGUUUCUUUCUGCGGUAUACAUUUUAAGACCAGAGUCCUUAAUUUUUUUCUUGGAAAUCUAUUGAUUUGCUUCAGUCAUAUAACCCAGUGUAUAUUUUCAUGGUUAUAAAAGCAGUAUAAUCACAUCUUGGUUUGCA